UCUGGGGGCUCAACCGCGCCUAACCUCUGCUCCAGAGUUUUACAACAAAAGACAACAACUUGGAAAGUGUUUCUCGGCAGAGUUACGAGGGAAUUAAACAUUGGACGGGCAGAGAGAACAAAGGGGAGGGCCGGUGUGAGUCGAUGGACUCGGUGAUGAGAUAAGUAAUCCCAUCUCUCCAUCCUUUCCCCGUCAGACGCACGGUUCUGUUUUCUUUCCGGAUGAUGUAACUGUUUUAUGACAGACUGGGCUCGGACGUAUUUCCUCGCCUCCUGACCAAGUGCUCACAUUGUCCUGACAUUAUCAGCGGACGCUGAUAUCCGACAGCAAACCGCAUCCUCUGGUUUUAGCAGGAGAGGGCUGAGCUCCGCGGGACGUUGCGCAGUGCUCCACAGGCGGCUCCUCGCGCUGGUGCAGUCAUGUGGCAGAGGAUUCAGAUUUGUUGGGCACUGUUUGCACUGUACUCAGCGGCACCGCCUGCACACAUCAACCGCCUGGCGCUGUUCCCUGACAAGAGCGCCUGGUGCGAAGCCAAGAACAUCACACAGAUAGUCGGGCACACGGGUUGUCAGCCUCGCUCUAUUCAAAACAGAGCGUGUCUGGGUCAGUGUUUCAGUUACAGCGUCCCCAACACGUUCCCACAGUCAACCGAGUCCCUGGUGCACUGUGACUCCUGCAUGCCUGCCCAGACACAGUGGGAAGUGGUGACUCUGGAGUGCCCGGGCAGUGAAGAGUCUCCUCAUGUGGAUAAGCUGGUUGAGAGAAUCUUCCACUGUAGCUGCCAGUCCUGCAGUAAAGAAGGUGGCCAGGAGGGGGCGGUGAUGCAGCUGUAUUCAGCCGACAACGUCCUGGACGCUCCGUCUGACACCCGCAGCGGUGCUCAGUCUCACCCUCUGCCCCCUUCAGACACACACUCUAAAAAGCAUGCUCACCCACACACAGACCAUCACACACUACCACACACAUCUGAUGGAGGAUAGGUACGACUUUUUGUUGCUCGUCUUUCACGACCUCUCUCCUCCACACUGCAUCCUUUGUACCAAUCUGUAGUAUUGUAAAGGCACUUUGAAAAUAUGGCUUCAGUUCAGUCAAAAAGUUUCUCUUAAGGCACACACACACACACACACACACACACACACACACACACACACACACUCACUAACUCUCUCUCUCACAAAGUCAUGCAAUCAGAUUACACUCUAUUGUAUAUAAACUCGUACAAACACACCAGGCUAUGCAUUCUUUUUGUUUUUUUCUGACUAAACAUGCAAAUGUGUGCAUCCAGACAUGACAUGUCUGUUAAUCUGUAAUCUGUAGUCUCAUUACUUUUUUAUCCGCUUUAAUGCAAUAAAUUCUAUUGUUGUAAUAACU